CACAGCACGGUCACACUGACAACAAUAAUAUAGUUUUUCACGUGUUACUCAAAUUUUGUUUUGCUUCAACUGGAAAGAAUAUAAAUUAAACUAAUAUAAUAAUGGCAUUUGAGGUGCCCGCCUGGGACAUGGGCGCUGAAGUCAUCAAGUUCAAGUCGGUGCAUGGAGCAAAAUCUGCUGCCGGCAACAUAGCCAAAAAACUAAAGAAGAAAAAAUCGAAGGCGAAAAAAGUGAAGCAAGAUUCAGGAUUAAGGACGGGUUUUCAGAUGGGCAGAGGACCGCUGGCACCACCACCAACGGAUUACUCUGACGAUGAAGCAGACGACGAAAUGUGGGCCAUGCACAAGACAAGAAGCGGACGCAUUGAAAAGCAGAAACCAAACAGGGAUAAAAAUCAAAAAAAGCUGAAACUAAAACCAGAACUGGUCAAGGCGGCAGUGGAGGCCAUGGAGGAGCAGGCGGCGGAGGCAGCACCUCCACAGGCCAAGCUGGCCAACAAGUUGCAGUCUGAGCUGUUUGCUGGCCGCUUUCGCUACAUCAACGAGCAGCUUUACACGACGCACAGCAAAAAAGCGGACAAAAUUUUCAGCACAGAUUCGGGCGCUUUUGAGGCUUAUCAUGCUGGUUAUCGCCAGCAGGUGCAGAAAUGGCCUUCAAAUCCGCUGGAGCGCAUUAUCAAGAUGAUCAAACGUCUGCCAAAGACAGCCAUCAUUGGUGACUUUGGUUGUGGCGAUGGCAAGUUAGCUCAGUCUGUGCCGCACAAGGUUUACUCCAUGGAUUUGGUUGCAGCUCGAACGGAUAUCAUCUCCUGCAACAUUACAAAGACUCCACUGCAACCACUCUCCCUCGAUGUGGCCGUCUUUUGUCUGUCGCUGAUGGGCACCAAUCUCGGCGAUUAUCUGCUGGAGGCGAAUCGGGUGCUCAAACUGCAUGGCAAUCUAUACAUUGCCGAGAUACAAUCCCGUUUCGAGGAUGUGAGAGAAUUUGUGCGCCUGCUGAAGGAUUGCGGUUUUGAGCUGAUCAAGAAGGAUGUGGCCAUCAAUUACUUCUAUUUCUUUCAUUUUCGCAAGAUGCGACAUGUCGGCAAGGACGUUAAAUUGAAACCCUUCUCCCUCAAGCCUUGUCUCUAUCGCAAAAGAUAAAUAAAUCGAACUAAGAAAUAUAAA